AUCCGCAUGUUCGAUGACAAUUUCGGAAUAUUUAUCAGUUUGGGUCGGGGAUAGGACUAUGAACAGCAAGCUCACGCUGAUGAUCCCGGGACCUGAUCGUAGAAACAUCAACUGCGAAUCAGGGUCCAAAAUCGAGAAAAGAGACGCGGCAGUAGACUAAAGUGGUCUGUUCUAAGAGUCUCGUAUAAACUAUCAUCGUCUCCAUCUUCUUGUUCAUGCAGAUGCUGUCGACCCAGAGUAGUGUGGUAUUUUCGGUUUUGUAAAUUGGGUUGCGAUCGAGAUUGUGCACAUCCGUUCCGGUUUUGCGAUUAAGCUGCUAGGGUAGCGGAAUUUCGCUACCUGGAGGCUUGGAUUUGGCGUUGUGUUCGUAGUCAGAUUGCCUCUCUCUGAGAUCAGCUGGAGAGGAACAGUUCACUCUCUCACAGCAAACGAACCGGAAGAAAUUAUCAACCUUGGAAUUUUUUGGGGGUAUAGCUUGAUGCCUUGGAGCUGAGAGGCAAACAAUCACACCAUGGCGGCUUCAGCCCCGCUGGAUAGUAUUCAAGACUUUUGGGGUAGCAGGAGGUCGGGGAGGUCCUUCCGGGGGGGCUCCUCUAGAAACUGGGGCAUCGGGCCCGACAAUGUAUUUGGGCGGAAUUCAGCUCUUUCAAGACGCGAUGAAGCCGACGAUGAAGAAGCUCUCAAAUGGGCGGCUCUGGAGAAGCUGCCCACCAUGGACCGGCUGCACACCACAAUUCUACAGAAGCAGCUUGGAAGCAGGAUCGUCCACGAGGAGGUCGAUGUCCGGCGCAUGGGCUUCGUUGAGCGGCAGCAGAUCAUCGAUAACCUCCUUAAGGUCACGGAGGAGGACAAUGAGAGAUUUCUUAAGAAGCUGCGCGCCCGCAUAGACAAGGUGGGCAUCAAGCUGCCCACCAUUGAGGUGAGAUAUGAGAGAUUGUCCGUGGAUGCAUCGUGCUUCGUCGGGGGACGCGCUCUGCCAACACUGAAGAAUUCCACGCUCAACUUUCUUCAGGGAGUACUUGAAGCAACAAGGCUUGUGAAAAGCAAGAAGACGACGCUCAACAUUCUCAACGGCAUCAGUGGCGUUAUUAAACCAGCUAGAAUGACCUUGCUUCUCGGCCCUCCAGGGUCGGGAAAGACAACCUUGCUUUUAGCGCUCGCAGGAAAGCUUGACCCGGAUUUGAAAGUGAAGGGGAAAAUCACCUAUAAUGGGCACACACUUGAUGAAUUUGUGCCGCAGAAAACUGCCGUUUACAUCAGCCAAAACGAUCUCCAUGUGGGUGAAAUGACCGUUCGCGAGACGCUCGACUUCUCGGCCCGCUGCCAGGGCGUCGGCACCCGAUAUGAUAUGCUUGUGGAGUUAGCUAGGCGAGAGAAAGAAGCAGGGAUCUUUCCAGAACAAGACGUGGAUGUGUACAUGAAGGCAAUUGCAGUCGAGGGCCAAGAACACAGCCUCGUCACCGACUAUAUCAUGAAGAUUUUGGGGUUGGACAUCUGUGCCAACACGAUGGUCGGCGACAACAUGCAUCGGGGGAUUUCGGGUGGCCAGAAGAAGCGUGUGACUACAGGCGAGAUGAUUGUAGGACCAACUGACGCGCUGUUCAUGGACGAAAUCUCCACCGGUCUUGACAGCUCCACGACCUACCAAAUCGUGAAAUGUCUGCGUCAAUUGUGUCAUGUGAUGCAGUCUACGAUUUUCUUGUCACUGCUGCAGCCUGCUCCAGAGACCUUCGAGCUCUUCGACGACGUGGUACUAUUGUCCGAGGGGCAAGUUGUCUACCACGGGCCUCGCGAUCAUGUCCUGGAGUUCUUCGAGGGUUGUGGGUUCCAGUGUCCGGAGCGGAAGGGUAUCGCGGAUUUCUUACAAGAGGUGACGUCGAUCAAGGAUCAGGAGCAAUACUGGUAUGACAAGCGCCGCCCCUACAGAUUCGUUUCCGUGAAGCAAUUCGCGGACCUUUUCAAGACGUUCCAUGUCGGGCAGAAGUUGGCGCACGAGCUUGCCGUCCCUUACGACAAACGUAACAGCCACAAAGCAGCUCUCGCAUUCGAGAAAUACCCCGUCGGCCGCUACGAGCUCUUCAAGGCGAACUUUGCCAAAGAAUGGCUGCUCAUGAAGCGCAACUCAUUUGUGUACGUCUUUAAGACAAUUCAGGUCGGAAUCGUGGGGUUGAUUUCGAUGUCGGUGUUCUUCAGGACGACAUUGAAUCAAAACACGGAGGAAGACGCGCUCCAGUACAUGGGCGCUAUCUUCUUCGGCAUUGUGAUCAUCAUGUUCAAUGGCUACGCCGAGCUCUCUCUAACAUUGGAUCGUCUUCCGGUAUUUUACAAACAACGGGACCUCCUCUUUUUCCCCGCAUGGGCGUAUGCCUUGCCGAGCUUGACGUUGAGUUUGCCGUCUUCGGUUGCAGAGGCUGGAAUCUACUCCAUCCUCACGUACUACGAAAUUGGCUACGCUCCCGGAGGUGACAGGUUUUUCAAGUACUAUCUGAUUCUAUUUCUCGUGCACCAAAUGGCAGGCGCCAUGUUUCGCAUGAUUGCCGGGAUUUUUCGCACCAUGGUGCUGGCUGCCACGGGCGGCACUUUCCUCCUGCUCAUCGUCUUCAUGUUGGGAGGGUUCAUUCUACCUCGUCCUGAAAUUCACCCCUGGUGGAUAUGGGGUUACUGGAUCUCUCCUCUCAAUUACGCUCAGAGCGCGCUGUGUAUCAACGAAUUUCUGGCGCCACGUUGGAGCAGAAUCGUGAACGGCACAACGCAGACAUUUGGAGAGUCGAUUCUCGCGGACAGGGGGAUGAUUGCGCACAACUACUACUACUGGGUUUCAGUGGCUGCCUUGGUGGCCACCAUCCUCAUCUUCAACAUUCUGUACACCGUCACUCUUUCGUACUUGAGCCCACUUGGGAAGUCACAAGCCACGAUUUCAGAGGACGCGUUGGUAGAGAAGCAAGCAAACCUCAUGGGCACGGAACCGUUACUCUCAGAUCGGUACAGGAGCAAGUCCCGACGCCGUAGCAAGCAUCGCAGAGCUAAAGGGAAACAGAAUCCGUUUGCUUCUGACGGCAAAAGCAUGUCGAGAACCGAAAUGCAAACUGUCGAUCUUGAUACCUUCUCGAUAGAGGGCGAUGCAUUGAACGCAAGCCCGCAGGGAGUGAAGAAGGGCAUGAUAUUACCGUUUCGACCACUGUCAAUUUCCUUUGAAGACGUCAAGUAUUUCGUCAACAUGCCUGCGGAGAUGAAGGGCCAGACAGACGAUAACAGGCUGCAACUCUUGCAUGGAAUCACUGGGGCUUUCAGACCAGGAGUUUUGACAGCGCUCGUGGGUGUAAGUGGUGCGGGAAAGACUACUCUCAUGGAUGUGCUUGCUGGAAGGAAAACAGGCGGCUACAUCGAAGGUGAUGUCAGAAUCUCCGGAUAUAAGAAGAACCAAGAAACAUUCGCUCGAAUUGCAGGGUAUUGUGAGCAAAACGAUAUUCAUUCUCCACAAAUGACGGUGCGAGAGUCGCUCGUGUACUCAGCGUGGUUGCGGUUGCCCGGCGACAUCAGCAUGGAGACUCGAGAGCAAUUUGUAGAUGAAGUCAUGGAUCUCGUGGAGCUGUCGCCCUUGGAAGGCGCUCUGGUGGGGCUGCCGGGCGUUUCUGGUCUAUCUACGGAACAACGAAAGCGACUCACGAUUGCAGUCGAAUUGGUCGCAAACCCCUCGAUAAUCUUCAUGGACGAGCCCACUAGUGGCCUUGACGCACGUGCUGCCGCCAUUGUGAUGCGUACUGUGCGCAACACUGUCGACACCGGGCGUACUGUGGUCUGCACCAUCCAUCAACCCAGCAUCGACAUCUUCGAAGCUUUCGAUGAGAUGUUGCUGUUGAAGCGUGGUGGACAAACAAUCUACAUGGGGCCUUUGGGACGUCAGUCCCGCAUACUUGUGGACUACUUCCAGGCGAUUCCUGGUGUUCAAAAGAUCAAGGAUGGCGUCAACCCCGCGACUUGGAUGCUUGAAGCCAGCAGCGUUGCUGUCGAGACUCAACUCGGCAUCGACUUCGCUGAUGUUUACAGAAAAUCUUCUCUGUGCCAGAGAAACGUGGCUCUGGUGAAGCAACUUGCCACUCCGGAACCCGAGACCGAGGACCUAUACUACCCAACACAAUACUCCCAGCCCUUUUUCGAGCAAGUGCGAGCUUGCUUCUGGAAGCAAUGGGUGACUUACUGGCGCAGCCCGGCCUACAACAUGGCUCGGUUUCUUUUCGCCAUAAUCUCGGCAAUCCUCUUCGGUUCCAUCUUCUGGAACAUGGGCAGGAAAACGAGCAGUGCCGUGAACCUAUUGAGUGUCAUGGGGUCGAUUUAUGGUGCCACGUUGUUCAUUGGAGUGAACAAUGCCUCUGGAGUGCAACCUGUUGUAGCAAUCGAGCGGACCAUUUUCUACCGUGAGCGAGCCGCAGGAAUGUACUCCGCGUUUCCAUACGCCAUCGCCCAGGUGCUGAUCGAGAUACCUUACUGCUUCAUUCAAACCCUGCUCUACGCCGUGAUCACCUUCUCCAUGAUCAACUUCGAAUGGGGAGUGCUAAAGUUCUUCUGGUACACCUACGUCAUGUUCUUCACCCUCCUCUACUUCACAUACUACGGUAUGAUGGCCGUCUCCCUCACCCCCAACCACCAAGUCGCCGCCAUCAUGGCCUCCGGGUUCUACUCCGUCUUCAACCUCUUCUCCGGAUUCGUGAUCUUCAAGCCGGAUAUUCCCAAGUGGUGGUCGUGGUACUACUGGAUCUGUCCCACGGCGUGGACACUAUACGGUGAGAUUCUCACGCAGUUCGGCGACUCCAACUCAACGGUUCUGCCAGUCGGCGCGGCAGAUCUUCCGGAGAACUACGUGCCCAUGAGGGAUUUCCUCAAAACGAAACUGGGCUUCGAUCGCGACUUGCUGGGCCUAGUGGUGGCCAUGCCCGUGGUAUUCACCGUUUUGUUCGCGGUAGUGUUCGCCUUCGCCAUCAAGCACUUGAACUUCCAGCAGCGAUAGCCGGAGAUCUAGGUUUUAGAUUAAGCUAGUAGAAUCAAACGAUUUCCCCUCCCUCCCCCCCGCCUGGGGUUUGUGUACCAUACAACAGGCAGCUAAUUGCCGAUGCCGCGCCGCGGAAUGCCUCAAUUGCCGGCUCCACCGACGCGUAUCCCUCUCCCUUUCACUGCCCCCCAUCCCCCCUUGUAACAAAUUUUACCGAAUCCGCAUUCGUGAACGUGCGUGUCGGUAGCCUAGCCAUGAGGAACAGAUCGAUCACGUGUGUGCUGGUAGCGUCGGAGUUGGAACCCAAUUGAUCACGUGAAUACCGACAGUUCUAGUGCCGGUCCCGAUCAUGUGUGGGGGCCCCAUUUUGGAGGGGAUUUGGAAAGCCUCUUCCAGCCUAUUUAAUUUAUGAGAUAUUUGCCACAUAUUACUGUUU